AUGGUUGUAACCACAUAAUCCACCGUUACGUUACCGCGAAAUUGUAUGCGGUAAAGAUUGCUCUAAUUAAAAUAUGCCUUAACUAAAAGAUACAUAUUAUCUAUUAUAUAAAAAAUUACAUAUAUAUAUUUAUUUAUUAAAAAUAUGAGUCAUCGGGAAACAGUAGUCUAUCAUCAAGUUAGCGAAGAAACAACUCUAUUCUCUACCACUACGAGGACGAGUGUAGUUGAUUAUGCUACUAUUUCAAAAACUAAACAUAUUUAUUCAUAUAUUACACUAGCAGAUAUAUUUCAAAAAGUAGUUUAUACAACAAUAAUAACCAGUCUGCUGCUAUAUAUUUAUUUAUAUUUAAAACUUGGUUCAAAAUAUGCUAUUGCAGGCUAUUUUGUUUUUACAUGUUUAUCAUGGUUUACUGCUGCGGCAGUAAAUUUUUUAGACGACUAUUUAUCAAGAAAAAUGGGUAUAAUGAUUGGUUUUGGAUUUUUCAUUAGUGGAGUUGCUAUUAUAUCUGGAUUGUCGCACUACAUUGUUGAUAAUAGUACUUUAAGGUAUAUUGUUUUAAUCCCUUUAUAUUUUAUUUGCAUUGGAGAAAGUUUGUGCAAAACAUUAUUAGGUGAUUUUGGGCAUGAACAAUUGUCUAAAGUUAGAUUCACAGAGCAACUAAAGGCAUAUACAGAUAAUGUGUAUUGGAUAGGACAUUUAGGUGCAAUAUUUUUAAUAGCAUUUUUGCUAGGUAUUGCAGAGUUUGCCAGUUUUGAAGUAAGUUAUGGGCUGUGUUGUGUCUCACUUGCUUUUGGAAUGGCUUCUUUUAUGAUGGGUUGGUCGAAAUUUGCUAAACAAGAUUCAUUGAAAAAAUACAGUAUAAAGCUUUUAUUUUUACUUUUUAAAGAAAGCAGAAAGAUAAAGAAAGAGUUAUCUCAACGAUGCAAGAGUGAAAUGGUUGAUGAUUCUACAAGUUUUAAAGGUUCUCCACAACAUUGGCUUGACUAUGCAAGAACCAAGUUUGGCGGAUCAUAUUCAGAUUCAAUUAUCCAAGAAGCCAAAUCUUUUUUUAAAAUGUCACAAAUUUUUAUCUCAUUUAUUCCCUACUGGAUUUGUAAUGCUCAGGGUUAUAGCACAUUUAUUUUUCAAGCUUUUCAUCUCAAUACAUCAUUUGGAAGUUAUACAUUUGCUGUUUCAUGGAUUGCCCUUGUUAAUAUCAUUGCUGUACUUACUUUCGUAAAACUCUUUGAAAAAGUUCUGUUUCCUGCUCUUCGUAGAAAUGGUUAUAGUUUUCUCACAAAGUGGAGGAUUAUUGUAGGAAUGAUGUGUGCUCUAUUUUCUAUGGUUUUAGCUGGCACCCUGCAACUCAUCAUGCAACAUUAUGCUCAGAAAGAAGGAAUAAAGUUCCAUAUUAUUGGUAAAGCGAACAUUUCUUAUGUUUCGCAUGUACACAUUUUAUGGGCUGUGCCACAGUUUAUAUUUCUUGGUAUUAGUGAAAUGCUUGUUGGAUUGACAGGCUUAGGUUUGGCGUGCAAGCUAUGUCCUGAUAAGUUUCAAAAGACAAUAACAAGCGUAUACUACCUCAUGGUUGCCUUAGGUCAUGUUUUAACUUUGUUGGUUAUUUGCGCUGGCUAUUUUACAUCUGAAAAUUAUUUUGAAGGGUUCAGUGCAGUGAUUUAUUUUUACUCUUUAGCUGGUGUAGCACUUAUUGCAAUAAUCCUUUUUACGGUAAUAUUGUCUUACCAAGAAUCUAUGACAUUUGUGGUUCACGACUCGGCGUCGCCAAAUACAAAAUCUUCGGAUACAGUAUCUUCUAUUUUAUAAAUUUAUUAUGAGUCUUCUUCAGGAAAAAAAAAGAUUUUUUGUGUGUUUA